AGUGACAAUGCUGAGGUGGGGGAGCAGUGAUGUGUGAUGCGCAGCAAAGCAACAGAGUGGUUCACUCUUCUCGUCUGUUGUGCUUCUUCAUGCUUCGGUUUUCGCAGAUUUGUGUUCUCUAGCAUUUGUUCGCACUUGGUUUCCUUCAAUCGGCUAUUGUUUGCAUUGCUUCCCAUCGAAACAUAGAAUGUCGUCCGGACGCACUUUCAAGCUCGCCACAGGCUAUACCAUUCCAGCUGUGGGCCUGGGUACCUGGCAAUCAAAACCAAAAGAGGUAGCCCGCGCCGUCGAGGAGGCUCUGAAAUUGGGCUACCGCCACAUCGACGCGGCCGCCACCUACGACAACGAGGAGGAGGUUGGCGCUGGUAUCAAAGCCUCGGGCGUCCCGCGCUCAGAAAUCUUUCUGACAUCCAAGCUCUGGAACACUCACCACAAGGCUGAGGAUGUGGAAGAGGCCGUCGACGAGUCCCUCAGGGAUCUGCAGACAGACUACCUCGAUCUGUACCUGAUCCAUUGGCCCGUGGCCUUCCAAAAACCCGAGACACCCAGGGCCCGUGCGGCGAUCGAUCCCAAGGAUGGCGGCGUUCAUGUGAUCGAUGUUCCGGUGGAGGAGACGUGGCGCGCUAUGGAGAGGAUGGUUGAAAAGGGCAAGAUCAGGACCAUUGGCCUCAGCAACUUCACGCGAGAGCGCAUCGAGGAGGUCCUCAGCUUCGCCAAAAUCAAGCCCGCCGUCCUCCAGAUCGAAGCGCACCCCUACUUCCAACAGCCGGCCCUCCUGGACUGGUGCAAGAAGAACGACAUUCUAGUAACGGCCUAUUCACCCUCGGGCAACAACGUCUAUGGAUUCCCCAAGACAAUCGACGACCCGACGGUGAUCCAAAUCGCCAAGGACCUGGGCAAGACACCCGCUCAGGUGCUCAUUCAGUGGGGUGUACAGCGCGGCACUGUCGUGCUGCCCAAGAGCGUCACUCCGUCGCGCAUCGCAGAGAACUUUGUGGAUUUCGAGAUCCCAGAGAAGGCAAUGCAGCAAAUCUUUGCUCUCGACAGGAAUACACGGUAUAACUUCCCUGCGAGAUUGGGUGUCAAUGUCUUUGGGGAGAAGACGGAGGAGGAGCUGAAGAAGGGCAGGGCGGACUGGAUCGCCGCGCAAAAGAAGUGAGGCAGUGAGCGGUACAGCAAGAUAUUUUUGGAAGCCAGAUAGAGAGUUUGGCGUUAGAUUUGUAGCCCCUGAGUAUUUGUGGCUUGCCAUGCUCGUACUGCUUGUCUGUAUAUGUAUCUCGUAGCCACCUGACCCGAUCCAACGCCACUGGACAAAUGCGACAACACCGCAACUUCGUGGUGAAGAAAGUUGUUUCGCACUUGCAGACGAACAAAGCUCCUGCAUUCUAUAUGUAAUCGUUCAUCUUAUUUGAAGAGAAUCCAGCCACACAUGCCGAAGUCGGCGCAGUCCUAGGUCCAUUGGCGGCCCCUCAUACGUGCGCCUCUCCUCUUCCACGCGAUCGCCGUCA